UCCUAUCUUCGGGUGUAUUUAGAUAUGAAUAACACGAUGCGUUCUAAUCAUAACCCCAAUUUAAAUGUUUUGACAAAGUAAUAACUUUAUGUGAAAUGUUCUUACAGUACGCUUUUGAAAAUAAAACUGAAUGAGGCUAUUAAGUUUGGGAGAGUCAGUUCACCACCAGCUCACCAUGGAAGCAUACACUGGACAUAUACUCACUCUAGCGAACAGUAUUAUUGGAGUGAGCAUUUUAGCUAUGCCAUACUGUUUCAAACAAUGUGGAAUUAUAUUAGCAAUUUUCAUAUUACUGCUCAGCAAUUUGAUCUCAAGACUCUCAUGCCAUUUCCUGAUAAAGUCAGCUAUUAUCGCACGAAGAAAGACAUUCGAAUAUUUGGCUUAUUACAUAUUUGGGAGGCUAGGAAAGUUCAUCAUUGAAGUUGGAAUGAUUGGAUUUUUGAUUGGAACUUGCAUAGCUUUUUUCGUCGUUAUGGGUGACUUGGGACCAGCCAUCGUGUCUGAAAUUAUUGAUCAAGAUUCAACUAGCACAAUGCGAAUAUCAAUUAUGUUAACACUAGCUGUGUUUUGCGUUUUGCCCCUCGGUUUGCUGAAAAACAUUGAUAGUUUUUCGGGAGUAUCUAAAGCGACGAUCGGAUUUUAUGUGUGUUUAGUGCUAAAGAUAGUUAUCGACGCGGUGCCCCAUAUUUUCCGUGGGGACUGGAUCAAUAAAGUGGAACUUUGGAAGCCAACUGGCGUUCUGCAAUGCCUACCAAUAUUUUCUAUGGCUUUGUCUUGCCAGACGCAACUCUUCGAAAUCUACCGGAUAGUAAACAACCCCAGUUUAGAGAAAAUGAAUCACGUCAUUAAAAAUGCUGUAAAUAUUUGCACUAUAGUCUAUUUCUUUGUAGGGGUCUUUGGUUAUAUUGCUUUUUCCCAUAAAAACUUUAGCGGAAACAUUUUGCUAAGCUUCUCCUCUUCUUCAUUAACAAAUGUUAUAAAACUAGGUUUCAUAUUGUCAAUUGCUUUUAGCUUCCCACUAGUUAUAUUUCCGUGUCGUGCAAGUUUUCAUUCAUUAAUUUAUAGACACAUUAUUCCGUUCCAUGAAGGCACUGCUGAGUAUAUUCCAGAAGCUAGAUUUAAAGGGCUUACAUUAAUAAUAGUAUUUGUGUCUUUGUUAAUUGGAAUUCUGAUUCCCAACAUUGAAUUUGUAUUAGGAUUAGUAGGCUCUUCCAUAGGCAUAAUGAUUUGUGUUUUAUUUCCAGUAAUGUGUUUCAUAAAUGUGUCUGACAAAGAUAACAAUGAAAAACUUUUGGCAAAAUGUAUUCUAUUUAUUGGGAUUAUUUUGAUGAUAUUGGGAACUUACGAGAACUUAAAAGAGUUGAAUCAAGUCCAAUCAUACCCUGUAGUAACAAACGUAGAGAAGGAAAUCCUAAACAUCGAAUAUACCCCACCUCCCAUCAAAGAACGCAUUAAAACAGGCGACGUAAAGCUGAAAGUAAAUGAGAGCAAACCAGAGGUAAUAAAACUUACCGAUAGCCCAGAAAUUAGACAUGAACCACCUCAACCUGUAGAACCUCAAGACUCUCAACAUGAUUUAGAAGUCGAGCUGGAGAAAAAUAAUUUAAGUAUAAAAGAGCAUGUCAAUAAAGAUAAGCAAAUUGUUGAAAAUCAAGUUAAAAAAUCCGAUAACAUAAAAACGUUGCAAAAAGAUAACGGUUUUGUGGAAUCAAAUAAAAUUGAUACUGGAAAAAUUUCACCAGAUGCUUCGAGAAAUGUUGACAAUGUAGACGUGGAAGCUAUAAAGAAGGAAGGCAAAGAGGCACUUCUUCAAGGCCAAGACGAAAUUAACGACUCUCAUCUGAAAGAGCACAAGAUAUUGAUUGAUAAAAUCCAAAAACAAAAUGAAGUACAGCAGGAAAUUGUAAAACAACAGAAAAAACUGAUCGAAGUAAUCGAAAAACAACAGGAACAAAAGGAAAAUGACGAAAAACUAAAAGCUGAAAUCAAAGCUGUUAAAGAGAUUGAAAGUAUUGCAUUGAAGGCCAUAGAAAAACUGAGUGGUGAUAUAAAGAAAAAUGACCAAAUUGUGGCAAAAGUGCAAAACGAUGUUCUUCAAAAAGUUGAUGCAAAUGUUGACAGCUUGAAAAGUGCUCCCGAUAAAGAUACCAAUAAAACUGAGGGUGAACCUAAGAUUGAGGAUCUGAAGUUAAUGAAUAGUGUUCUAACUGCAAAAAUAAAAGAAAAUAAUAUAACUCAAGAGAAUCCACUUAAAGAUGAAGUGAAAAUAAUCGAAAACAUGUUGCUGCCAGAACAAAAAAAUGCACCAAAUGUUUCAGUCAACGUAGUGGCAAAUAAGGCAAAUAUUCCUGAUAAAAGUGAAUUAUUGUCGGAAAACGCAGUACCGGAUGUAUUUGACAAAACUGCGUAUAGAAAUAUGUUGCCUCUGCCAUUAGUUGUCUAUCAUUUCGACCAAAACAGUAAAAGUAAAGUAAAAAAAAGAAGGACUAAUGUAAAUAAAUCACGGAAAUUGGAUAAAAUUAAUGCCAGAGCUGAUGCUGCUAAUUUGUCUAGUGAGGAGGUAAAAGCAAUGAGACGGGAUAUACUAGCCUAUGACAUUUUUGGGGAUAAAUAAUACGUUCUAAUAAACCGCACUGAUUGUUUACAGAAGGUAGACACAUGUUAUGGCUGCGAAUUCAAAAUACAGGAGACUGAAGCAGAUAGAGUUAGAGGAAAUCUAUUGCAAAGCCUGCGGUAUGAAUGAGGAAAAAUGUCAAUAAUUUACAAUAAAUUUAGUUUUUAAAAACUCUGUAUUUGAAAGUAUUCCUACUUAUGUUUAUAUUAAAGGAACUUACAGACACCGUCA